AUGACUCUAGAAGAAUCUCGUAACUUACAUCAGUCACUGCCAUCAGCAAGUUUUAGUGGUAGUUACCUGACCAAUACCAAUCAGAUUAACAGUUCAUAUCAUCAAAACAGUCAAAAUCCUACGAAUUAUCCUCCAUUAUUCCAUCCUGCAGCUGUAGCAGCUGUUGCCGCUGCAGCUGCAGCGGCUGGGUACACACAACAGUUCAAUCCAGGUGUUAUAAGUCGUCCACUCAACCUGACUGCUAAUCCCAAUGGUUCGAAUCCAUAUUUCUCUUCUGCAGACACAAGCAGAGCGUAUUAUGCCAGCUUUGCAUUACAACAGUCUGGAUUUUAUCCUGGAUCCCAUACUUUCAAUAAUUUGGGAGGCAUGAAUAUUCCUCAGGAUUUUUCAUUUCCGAAUCCCACUACCUCCAUUCAUUUAUCCAAUACUGGAGUAGAAUUCCCUUCAUGUUUAUCAACUAGUACAGCGGAGUCUGAAAAUGGUUCAAAGUUACAACGAGUUGCUGCCUCAACUAGGAAUUCCAAAACUUCCACUAGUAGUAUAAAAACACAUACAAAAUCGUCAGGUGUCCGUGGCAGGAAAUCGAUUUCGUCUGAUGAGAUGGCGAAUCGCAAACGCCAGGAAUUUAAUGAACUUGUUAAAGCCCGCACUGAGAAGCUUAUGUCCGAUGGUCCCAUCGCAAAUUCUUCAACAAAUUCUGGUCCUUUAUCAUCUUCAAGUUCAGCUGGUUCUAUAGGACCAGAAUCUGGAUCACCAAACUAUCGCAAAUUGAUUCAUGCUGUAUUAGAUGCUAAAAAGUCAGCUCUUCUUAGAUCUCCAUCUGUUAUCCAAUUCUUAGUUAGUCAACAGCGUUCACUAACUGAAUAUAAACGUCAAACAGAAUUAUUUUGUGUUACGAUGAACAGAUGA